AUGAGAUUUGGCAGCAGCUGGUUGUCUGCUGCCUUCAGCGCGGCCGCUGUAUUUCUGCAAUGUGUUGACGGCAAUUCGCACGCUCCACAGCCCAUUCGCUACGUUUUUGACCUAGAAGAUGUGGUUAUCCAUACCCCAUCGCACCGAGUACAUUCUCACUCGAGUUUCGAUGUCACCUUUUCCCUACACAAUCACGAGCAACAGAUCAAACUGAAACUAGAACCGAACCACGACGUGCUGGCAGAGGAUGCCCAAAUCGACUAUUUCAAUCCCGAUGGCAGUAUCGGCCAUAGCGAGCCGAUCAACCGCCGAGAUCACCGCGUUUUCAAGGGGACAUCAUGGACGGAGAUAGAGCCUGGACACUGGACGCGUGUUGGUUGGGCGCGCCUCUAUGUCACCCGAGACGGGCCUGAGCCCUUGUUCGAGGGCGCCUUUAGUCUGAUGCACGACUAUCACAACAUCAAGCUGCGGUCCAGCUACAUGAACACAUGGCGGGAUGUUGAUGCCCUACCAGAGGAACGAGAUGAUGACUAUAUGGUGGUCUUUCGAAACUCCGACAUGGUCGCCGCUGAACAAGAACACACCGAGCUGAAGCGGUCGCUUGCCGGUGUUUCUUGCCAGGCAGACAAAUUGGACUUUAACUCAGACCCCAACCAUCCUGUUUUCAAACCGCCGCAAUCACCAAAUGUCGCUUUCAUGCCGGUCGAUCAGUUCUUUGGACUGUCACGUCGACAGUCCGACACGGGAGAUGUUGGUGGUAACACAGGCGGGAUCAACCUGGCUUCUACAAUUGGCAGCACAGCAGGCUGCCCGACUACGAAGAAGGUUGCGCUCAUUGGCGUGGUCACUGAUUGUUCGUUUACCAAUAAAUUCAGCUCCGACCAAGAGGCCCGAUCCGACAUCAUUAAAAUGGUCAACACGGCGUCUACUCUGUACGAAAAUACCUUCAACAUUUCCCUUGGUCUGAAAAACCUGGUGGUGAACACUAACCAAAGCUGCGAAAACUCCGGGACAAGUACGACCCCGUGGAAUGUCCCAUGUACGACAGGGAACAUCACGACCAGAUUAGAUGACUUUACGAAAUGGCGCGGCGAACAAAACGACACGAAUGCCUACUGGACUCUGAUGAGCGCCUGCUCAACGGGAGCUGAAGUGGGAGUGUCUUGGCUGGGACAGCUCUGUGUCCAUGGAGACUCCAACGCGACCGUGGCCGGGGCCAAUGUUGUUGUCAAAACGUCUACCGAGUGGCAGGUAUUUGCCCACGAGUCAGGCCAUACAUUCGGUGCGGUACAUGAUUGCGAAAGCGACACAUGCCAGCGAGGGCUACAGAAAACAUCGCAAUGUUGCCCAUUAACUUCAACGACGUGUGAUGCCAAUGGUAAAUACAUCAUGAACCCCACGACGGCUUCCGACCUCGAGAACUUUUCACAGUGCACAAUCGGCAACAUCUGCUCGGCGAUAGGCCGUAGCAGCGUCCAAUCGGAAUGCCUAGUGGACAACAAGGGAGUCGUCACCACAACUGGCAGCCAGUGUGGCAACGGCAUUGUUGAGAGUGGUGAAGACUGCGAUUGUGGAGGAACAGCAGGGUGUGGAAGCAACGCCUGCUGCGAACCAACGACUUGCAAAUUCAAGUCCACUGCCGUGUGCGACGACUCCAACGAGGCCUGCUGUUCUGGCUGCCAGUUUUCUGCAGUCAACACCACUUGCCGUGCCGCGGACGGUCCUUGCGAUGUCGCCGAAGUCUGUUCGGGCACAUCAGGAGACUGCCCAGCUGACAAGCACCUGUCCGACGGCACAAGCUGUCAAACCGCCGACGAGACUGGCCUCGCCUGUGCUAGUGGACAAUGUACUAGCCGUGACCUGCAAUGCCGAACUGUCCUUGGCUCUGUCCUCGGCAGCAACAACACCUAUGCCUGCGACGACUCGUCGUGCACAAUUUGGUGCGCGUCGUCCGUCCUUCCCUCGAACGAAUGCGGCAGCAUGCAGCAGAACUUCCUUGAUGGCACUCCCUGUGACGGUAAUGGCCACUGCAGCAAUGGCAGAUGCACUGGAUCCUCAGUGGGCGGCAAAAUCAAGUCCUGGGUUGACGACCACAAACCCCUGGUCAUUGGCCUUGCUGCCGGCAUUGGCGGGCUGCUUUUGCUGAUGAUUUUGAGCUGCAUCUUCUCGUCUUGUCGUCGACGGCACAGGGCUCGCAAAUUCCGCCCUUCUCAGCCAGGCGGUGCCUAUGGAAGAAGACUGAGUCGAGGAGGAGGAGGAGCAGGAGGGUGGGCAGGUCCCAUGCCACAGGGACCCCCAAGAGGUGGUAAUCCCAACAACAUGCAGCCACCUUCAGGUUUCUAUGCGGCGCCGGCCUAUCCGCCGCCACCACCAGCAUAUGGCGAGCAUAACCGCGGUAUGCCCAUGUCGCAGUCGCGAUACGCUUGA